GUUGUUUUUCUUUUUUUUUUUUUCCUUUUUAAAUACAAAUCCGCAUAUUGAUUUUUAAACAAACAAACAACACCACCCCCCCCCGCACGCCUCUGGGAGGGAAAUAGCCAGGUGAAAUCUCACUCUGUUUCCAUGGACAACCCGUCCAUUAUCACCCAGGUGACUAACCCCAAAGAGGAGGAGAUCCUGUCCUGCGCUCAGGAUAAAGUGUCCCAAUGUAAUAUCAGCUUGAAGAAGCAGAGGAGUCGAAGUAUCUUUAGCACCUUAUUCUGCUGCUUUCGUGACUACAAUGUCGAACCACCAUCUACCAAUAGCACCAGUGCUCUUCCUCCUUUGGUGGAGGAGAAUGGAGGACUUCAGAAGGGUGACCAGAUGCAGGUCAUGCCUAUACCAAGUGGAAUAUACUAUUGCCGCAGGACUGAAGCAGUGCAGCAGUCGUUUCACUACAAGCCACCAGCUAAAUACCUCCUGCCAGAACUGACAGCAUCAGACUAUGGGAAGAAGUGUGUGGUCAUUGAUUUAGAUGAAACUUUAGUGCACAGUUCAUUUAAGCCAAUUAGCAACGCUGAUUUCAUCGUUCCUGUUGAAAUCGAUGGAACCAUACAUCAGGUUUAUGUAUUGAAACGACCACACGUGGAUGAGUUUCUUCAGAGGAUGGGAGAGCUCUUUGAAUGUGUACUCUUCACAGCCAGUCUAGCCAAGUAUGCAGACCCAGUAGCCGACUUACUGGAUCGCUGGGGUGUGUUCAGGGCAAGGCUCUUUAGAGAAUCCUGUGUUUUCCACCGAGGAAAUUAUGUGAAGGAUCUGAGUCGACUGGGACGUGAGCUGAGUAAAGUUAUUAUAGUAGAUAAUUCUCCUGCAUCUUACAUCUUCCAUCCUGAAAAUGCAGUGCCUGUGCAGUCCUGGUUUGAUGACAUGACAGACACAGAGCUGCUAGAUCUUAUUCCUUUCUUUGAAGGACUAAGCAAAGAGGAAGAAGUUUACAGUAUGCUUCAUAAACUCUGCAACAGGUAGCCCUUAACUUUGACUGACUUCUGCUCCUAGAUUGCAGUUGCUAGAGGCUGUCUCCAUCUUUUCCAGCUCUUUCAAAUGUAAGCUUUGGGGAGGUCACCCCUGUCAGAAGUGCUACUCUUGAUCUUCCUGUUACAUUGGACACGAAGGACAAUCAUGAGUGAUGCUAUUAAGCCUUCAGAAGCCUGACUCCUAAGGUCAUGUGUUCAGACUACUUUUUUUAAAGGAAAAAAAAAAAAAAAAAAAGAAGCUAUUUUAAAUGGGACUCUUUUAAUGAAUUUCAUAAAUGGACAUCUUUUACUGGAUCAGCUUUUCUUAAAACAUGCCAAAAAAGAAGCUUGUAUUUCAGCAGUUGAAUUUCUCUCCCUUUCUUCCCCUCCCACUAUGCAGACAAUUUUACCCCCCUGCUUAGAGCAGUUGACCUGACUCUGAAUUUUUUCUUACAGAAUGAAGUGCCUUUUUGAAUGUUAUUUUAAGAUAAAAAUUCAUUUUUGUAUAAGACGUAUUUCCAGACAUCUUUUAGUCUUGUAUUGUCUAAAUGCUUUAAAAGGAAAAAGGAAAAAUUUUAUAGAGCACUGUAAUAUAUAACAAAGGAAAAAGUUGAAACAAAGAUGCUGGGUUCCUGUCUCCACAGUGACAUUAAGAUGUAUUACAUUUUGUCAUGCUCAGAAGGUUUUAAGCGUUUGUGGGAGGGAUGAUUUGGGUUAAUUACAUGGUUGUUUCACUGAUCUGAUUUUGGGCACAGUUUUGAACAUAUCUGCAGUUGUUUGAGUAUUAGGGAAUGAUGGCGUUGAGAAAACAAGGUGGCUGAUAGACCUAAAGCACCUUUUCUUCUAGACAGAUUAAGUUCUAUUGUCUCUGCUUACGCACAACUGCCAUGCCUCUCUUUUUUUGGAAAACCAUUAUCUUGGGAGAAUGUGGAGGAGAUCUAUUUAUUAGUUUAAGAUUCUUUUCUUAAAAAAAAAAAAAAACAAACCCAUCUGGGUAAGCUGGAUCUGCAUUGAGCUGGUUGGAGUACUUUUUUCUUUUAAUUGCUGCUACUGUAUACUCACCAAAUGGAGUUGACCAUCGGCUGUUAUACUGUUUUUGCCACUGUGCCUGUGCUAUGAAAUAUUUUCUGUAAGCUGCAAACUUGGGCAAUAAAUAAAAUGCAGGCUUCAUAACCCACCCCUAUGUAUUAAUCCUGCGGUAUCUGAUACACCAGAAAACUCAGUUAAAGGUGACCUGCAAAGGAAAAAUUAUAUUUUUUUUUUUUUAAUUGGGAUGAGGCUCUCUCCUUUCUUUGGUAUAUUAAAAUGCAAAAAGUAUUUUUCCCACCUCUCUUGAUUUGUAUUUCUUCCUCCUCAAGGUGUAAGGCACAGAUGGGGAGCUUUAUUGAGUCUUGCUGGAAGGGCAGGAGUUACUAGCCUAGACUAAAAGUGGUCCUCUGGCUUGGGAGUUGAGUAAGUCUCCUCUCUGAAUCUGAGAACCUCCUUAGCAUCUUCUGUAGUGUCAUUGGUGCCCUUUUGAAAUAACAACUUUUAAGUGUUUUAAGCCUUUGAAGAACGAGGCACACCUAUUUAUUUAUUUUUCCUUUCCAGUGUCACCUUUUAAUUAUUUUCCGCACCAGAAAUCUACAAAAGUAACAAUUCCAGCUGUGUUUGGCUGUCAUCAGAGAAAACUAAAUGGAGUAGUUGGUGCUUCUAAUGAGCCUAGUGCUAAAUUCUGAAUGGUAGACCCCCUUUGCCUUCUCUUAUUUCACUUGACAAGUCUUGAUGACUUAGAAAAACAAAAAAAAAUAGUAAUUUUUUUGGCUAUGGACUGGGAUUGUCAUCCUUGUCUUAAAGCAUGGGUGAAGCAGCUUAACAAAUCCAUUCAUAGACGGGCAGGCCAGGCCUCCGCUAGGCCGUGAGUAGGUUGUUGUGGGUGCAGUAUAAAACAGAUUUAAUUUUAUCAAAAAGAUUUCUUGGCACCCCCCGCCGUGGCAGUGCAGCUCUGUCCCGUGGCGAGGGACGGCAGGGGCAGCCCCCUCCCCUCUCCUCAGCCUCUUAGGGCAUCUCCGUUCUGUUUUCUUACCAGUUGGCAUUACCCUUAGUACUGUAGAGUUCUGUGCCACAACAAAAGACUAAACUGUCAGAUUUUAAAAGGAAAAAAAAAAAACAACAAAAAAAAACCAAACAACCAACUUUCAUUGUUGAUUUAAAAAAAAAAAAAUGAGAAAAAAGGACGUAUGGAUUCUGGUUAGUCCAUUAACGUUUACUUUCAGUUUGAGAUUGUUUAAUUGUGUGUUUGACUUCAGAGUAACGAAACUGUAAAGCUGCCAAAAAAGUUGUUCUCUGAGCAGUAUUUUCAACUGCGUGUGUCGCCUCCGGGGCUUCGGACGCAGUUUGCAGGGAAGUAUUCAGGUUGUAGUUAGUUGUGCAGGUAGGAACGGCUGAGAGGAAAUUCAAAGACUUUCUCGCUAGCGUUAGACCAAACAAUCUUCCAAUUAGACAAUAAACAACCCCACCGAGACGUUGCCAUGUAACGGUUGUGACCUGGUGUACGUGAGACAAACCAUGUCAUGAGUUUGCAUUUCUGAAAGCAGCGAUUUCAUGAACCAGUUGCCUUAAGUCUGUGAAUGAAUGUUGAUUAUUAAAGUGUCUUGUAUUGUUUUAAAAUCCACAUAGAAUGGACAACUGAACUUCUGCACCAGCUUCUGGAAGAAUGGUUCUGAUGGUGGUCUGUACAACCAGACACUCGCUCUGUAUUGUUUAUUUUGGGCUGUUGAAAUCCACAGAUUUCAAAAAAAACCACCAACUUAUUUUAACUUAGUACAGCAUCAAAAUGACACUUGUGACAAUACAAAGGCGAAAAACUGAACAGCAGUUUUGAUCUCUGCUAUUAUAUUAAGAGCAUUUUCUAUAACUUCUCAUUAAUUUUUUUUUUUAACUCAUUCCCAUCGAAAUAAAACUCCAGAGUGCUCUGAGGUCAGGUUUGCACUUCCCUGGGUAUUCAAAUUUGGCCAAAGGGAUCAAACUGUCCUCGUCGUUUAUUUUGACUCUUGUCUGUACUUGAAAUUUCAAGCGUUAAGUUUGUGUGAAAAUACAUACACUAUAUAUUCAGAGUUUCUAGAUUUUAACAAAGCAAUAUAGUUCCGUAAAGUCAGAUGAGGAGCGGAAUGUUUGUAAAAUUUGCAAUACGGGUAUUUGAUUGUAUUUUAAAUACAAGAUUUUAAAAAUGAAAAUAGGAAAAAAAAAUACUUGUUUCCUGAAUUUCUUGCAUAUUUUGAAGCACGGUUUCUGCAUGGGCUGUUCCAAACCCUGGGUUUCAAUUCUAUUUCUGGAUAUUAUAGAAAUAUUAAAAGGUCUUUUCCGGUUGGUCGUUCUGUUCUGCUAAAGAAACGCUGCCUGGCCUGAAGUUCGUUGUCCUUUUUAUGUCGGGUUCAAAAAAGGUUUUUUGCCUGUAUAGGUAUUUUUAAAUUAAGCUGUAAGGCAGAAUGCCUUAGAUUCUUGAAAUUCCACGGAAGUGUUCCCAUUAAAUCGCCAUUUGUAAACCAGGGCUGUGCGCGGAAUCCUUGGUCACCACCAGGAAGCCUGGGCAGGUUUGGGACGGAAGGUUACGGUAUUGCUGGGUUCAUUUAGGUAGCUUUGGAAGAAUAACUUGUCUAUUUGAUUUGCCUUUUUUAAUCUCCUUUUAAACAGCAACGUUACACACGGAAGGAGCUCAACACCUGAAGAGGUUUGGUUAUCGGUGUGUGCGGUCACUUCAGCACAGCGUGAUCUUGUUUAGACUGGUUGGGGACAAUAAAUAUAUCUAAGUGACACCAGUGUGUAGUGAUGUUGCAGCUUUGGAAAUUUCAGUGUAAAUUAAAAAAAAAAAAGAAAAAUCUGUAGCUAUAUAAUUUACAAAGACAUAAUCCUAUGUUUUACAGAUUCUUUUUAAACUAAUAAAACACAGUACCGCACAGCCCUAUUUGUAAAACAAAAACAAGUUUGUGCCUCUGAUUUCCAAGGUGCUGUGAUGUUUUGCCUUCGUGGGGCGAGGAGGGGCCGGUGAGACUUGCGUGGGGCAAUUGCUUAAAAAAAAAAAUAAUCUCUGGGCUAACUAUGCAAAACCAGCUGUCAGCUUUCUGUUUCACAUUAUAUUGUAAAAAUCCAGCUGACUAUUUCUUUUUUUUUUUCUUUCUUGUUAAAAAUCUAUUGGGAACUUCUUAACAGAGGAGUAAGCAAUGGAAACGUUUCUUUUUCUUUCUUUUUUUUUUUUCUUUCUAAUAAUGGAGCUGUUUACACUUUAAUGCAAUGAACAAUCCAGCGAUACUUGAGAAACACUACAGAUACCAUAUGAGUGUUUUCAGGAGAGAGGAGUGGUUGUCAAUCAGGUAUUGAAUGGUUUCUUUACUGUCACAAAUAAAAAAUUAACAAUAUGGUUACUUGUGCAUGUAAUACUUCUCUGGGAAACAAAAAAAAAAAAUAAUAACAAUUUCUGCACUUCUCCUUCAGUAACAGUCACUGCCCUACUUUGACAGGGACUUUAUUCCUGCUGGUGCACAUCCGUGUUAGAGAGUAAAAUCGCCCAUCUCUCUUCCAUCCUCUUUUGAAGUCCUCUUUUGAGGUCCAGGGCUCCUCAUUGAUGCCCUGGCACCUGGUUGUGCAGACAGAGCUGCUGAACUGCUGCUGAACCCUGCGGCGUAAAUCGGUGGCAACUCUGGCAGAUGUUCCAGCUGUUUGGAUCUCUUGGAUGAGAUCACACCAUAAUUUGUUCAAAGUCUCAAAGCUGUGUGACUUCUUUUUGAAGGGCUUUACUUCAGCUACUCGAAUAGCUGUUCUUAACAUCACUGCCGUAAUCCAAAUGAAUAUCUGAAUUAAACGCUUUAUUUGGUUGGAAAGUCUAUUUUGGGACUUUUUCUCUGACACAGUAAGACUUAGGCAGAGCCUUCCUUUCUAGGAAAAGGCACAUAUUAUUAGUGCUUUAUGAGCAGAAAACCUCAGGCCUGUUAGAAUAAGCAGCUGGCUCAAGAUAGCACAUUAGUUGCAAUUAAAAAUAUUUGUUAGUUAUUCCUGUGAUCGGUUGAAAUGACCUAAACUGCCUUUACUUUGUACUGGUGGGUUGGGUUAUCUGAUUAUAUUUUUUUAAGGGUUUCUGGUGGUUUUAGGUUGUUUUUUUUGUUUUGUUUUGUUUUUAGUUUUACCAAUCUCCUUAGCUGCUACUUAGGAUAAAGAUGCCUUUCUUUCACUCAGUAAAACAAAUACGUCAAAAUUCAUAAAACAGCUCAUUUAUAGUGGUGAGAAAGAUACUGUUCUGUUGUAGCUGAUUGAAAGCAAGUGUUGGCAAAAUCAAAUCCACCAUAGUCUAUAAAUGUACCUCUAUGCAUACGCCUUCCUAUAUUAUUUCCUCCCCCCUCCUUUUUCUUGUGUUCUGACUCAGAAGGAAAGCCAACAGCUUUAAAAUUCCCUGCAAGAUGGACCAGGGCUCUUCCAGGUGGGAAGAGCGGUCAUCCUGGCAAGCAACCUCCAGCAGUUGUCCUGGCAAAGCCACCUUCCCCCAUCCAGACUUCCUACCAACCCAGCCCUGCUGGCAGGAGACCAGGCCAAGUUCUCCUGGACCUCCUCUUGUUGGUUCUGCUGGAAAAAAAUAAAUGAUCUUUGGGUAAUAGAUUGGUUUGGGCAGGUUGGCAAACUCAAACUUGAAAAGCUUCCAGGCGGGUUUUGUUUUAAAGCCUUCUCAAGUGAUGUUUAAAGGGAGCUGUGCUGAGGAGCAGGUUGUCCUGUAAUUGCCCGGUGCCACGUUAAUCAGCAUUUCUGAAGCACAGGACAUACAGGAACAUCUUGGACUUUAAUAGAGAUGGAUUGGAUUCAGUAAAGUGGGUCUGCAUCUGCGCUCACACACCUUCCCACACAGCAGUUUGAAAAGGUUAGAUCUGGUCAUCGCUUAAAUGGGCAGCAAAGGGAGUUUUUUUGAGGUGAUGUUUCAGCUUCGCUGUAUCCCCCGGACCUCGGUGGACCCUCUGCUGCGUCGUCCCUCCCACCGCUCUCCUCCGUGCGACUGGCAUCGUUCCAUUUUGCAGCCACCUUUUAAUUGAGUGAUGUAGAUGCAUUUGAUGGUGAUGUAGAUUGCAGGAAAAUGCUGGAUGAAGAAAGGAAACGCAGCUGGUCCCCGUCAGCCAUCGUCACGGGCAGGACUCCAGCCAGGAGAAGGCUGUUCCUACGGACAGAGGAGUCACCGUUGAGCCAGAAACCUGUCACCCCCUCUGAGAUCCCAUGUUCUUCUGGAGAAGGAGGGCCGAUGGUUGUGUUGGUGCAGACGGGAUGUCCACCACCUCUCCAGUUCCCAGCAUUUCAACGAGUGUUGCGCUUGAAGAGUCUGAGGGUUGUUGGGAGGAGUUACUGGCUUGACAAUGGGUUGUUCUCUUUAUCAGAUUUUAAUGAGCUUUUGUGAUUAAAACCAAAUUUCUUUACAGUGUAACUUCGUGAUUAUUAUUUUUUUUUUUCAUGCUUUGAUUCCGUUUGACAAUAAACUAUCCGUGUUAUUUUUUU